UCCCAAAGUGCUGGGAUUACAGGCGUGAACCAGCGCGCCAGGCCUGUGAUAUGUUAGAAUUAAGUUCUACUCUCUAGAGAACAACAGCUCAAACAAGUUGGAAAGUUAUUUCUGUCUCAGGGAAACAUACUUGCAGGUAAAUAGUCUAGGGCUAAUGUGGGGAUUCCUAACCUUCCAGGACCCAGCCUCCUAUCUUGUCGCUUCACCAUCUGCAACUGUAGCUUAAACAUCAUUGUCCAAAAUGGUUAUUUGAGCUAAAGCCAUCACUUCCACAUUUUAGACAGUAGAAAGGAAGAAGAGCAAAAAAUAUGCCCCCAUUCUUUAAGGAAACAUUCUAGAAUUUAACCUCUUUUUGUCCUCAUAUUUCAGAACAUAGACAUGUGGUCACACUUAACUACAAGUGAGGCUGGAAAACACAUAAGCCUAUGUACCCAGUUCUCUUACUACAAAGGAGAGGAGAAUAUAUAUUGGGGAACCCCUGGAAGCCUCUUCUACAGGGACACAGACUCCCUUAUGCCAAUCCAGAGAAACCAAAGAUUUAUUGAGCAUUUCUUUCAGUGUUUUAGAGCACUUUGCUGCAAGGGACCACCACCUGCACGACCAGAAUAUGACCUGGUUUGCAUAGGCCUCACAGGCUCUGGCAAAACCAGUCUGUUGUCCAAACUCUGCAGUGAAAGCCCCGAGAACGUCGUGUCGACCACAGGUUUUAGUAUUAAAGCAGUGCCAUUCCAGAAUGCCAUCUUGAAUGUAAAAGAACUUGGAGGGGCUGAUAAUAUCCGGAAAUACUGGAGCCGCUACUACCAAGGAUCUCAAGGGGUAAUAUUUGUAUUAGACAGUGCCUCUUCAGAGGAUGAUUUAGAAGCUGCUAGAAAUGAGCUGCACUCAGCUCUUCAGCAUCCACAGUUAUGCACUUUACCCUUUUUAAUAUUGGCCAAUCAUCAAGACAAGCCAGCAGCUCGCUCAGUACAAGAGCUUUUCUAGGAACACAUCAUGAGCAUUCCCAUGCAUUACUUGCCCUCAGAUGUCAUGUUCUUGUUCCUCUGAAGUGUUCAACGUUGACUAGGAUUCAUGGAUCCUAUUCUGUAAUCUGCUAGGCUGAAAAUUGAUGUCUUGUCUUGCAAAUUCCAUGCCAUCAAAUACAUUUCAACAUGGAACCAAUGUUUAUCUUCCUCAUUUAAUUUUAUUUCUUAGCUUAUAUUUCUCCUAUAAAAGCAUGAGACUAAUUGUGGGCAAAUAGUGUCUCAGUCAACAGAGCCUCUGAUUCAUGGUACUAAAGUAAUGAGAUAUGUGAAUAGUUUUUAAAACUUAAAUUGUAGUAAAUUAUAAUGUAAGUACAGUGAAAUCAAAACUCUUGAUGUAUUCCUUUAUACUUGUAACUUUCAGGAUAUGUUUUCCCCUCUGCUUCAGAAAAUUGCGUGCUUCCUCAAGUGAUUUUGGAAUAAGAUGAUUAAUACGAACAAUCUUGCCCUUCAGCCAAGAACAUAACAUGUUCUAACUCCAGACCUCCCUCACACUUAGCGUGUGACCCACGGCAGAUAGCCUUAUUCCUUGUGCCUGGCUUCUCACCUAUAAAAUGAGAAUAAUGCAAUUUAUUAUGAUAAGUUAAUAAGAUUAAUUCGGAUAAUUUACUUUGAAGUUUAAACACUUAAGUAGAAGAACCAUAUAAACCAAGUAAAUAGAGUUUUCAUUCAAAUUUUAGAAGCAUAGUAAAAAAAAAAAAAAGGCAAGGACCUAUUAUUCAACAGACGGAGCUUGUGUCUCACUUUAGUUGCCUCAUUCAGCGUUAAGUACAUAGCAUCUUUUAAAGAAUAGAGUUUGCAAAAUACCUUAUAGAUAAUAUUAAGUAAUUAAAUAAAAAAUAGCAAUGAAAAUCUAUUCAGAAAGUCAUGAAUGUGAAGAUCUUCAGCAUUAUAAUGAUGGUGUCUCCUAAUGUGCUUUUAAGACCUUCGGUAAAUCUUUUAACUUCUCAGCAUCAGUUUUUCUACCUAUAGAGUAGAUGUAAUAGUAUGUUAUGAUGGGUAGUUUAUUAUUAUAAGGUUGUUUGCUGAGGAUGCAUUGUUAUUCCGCUAUUCAUUCUGAAAAAUCUGGUAAUAUGUAUGUGUGCACUACUACAUGUAGACAGUAUAAUGUGUGUGUGUAAUAUAUACAUAAUUCAUAUACAUAUUGAUAAAACAUAGAUACAAGUUUAACUUCAGAUAACUUUAUUCAAGUUAUUUGCAAUAUCUGAAAAAAGAUUUUCUUUUUGCUUGCAAAGUUAUGAACCUGUUUAUCUGUUUUCCUUAGACAUCAUAUCAUUGAAACUAAUGUAUCUUUAAACCUAACAUAUGACUUAUGGUUACCCUCCAUAGGAAUGAAAGAUGAUCACAUUGAAUAAAGGAAACUUUUAGCAAUUAAUUACUUCUGAGUAUUCCUUGUGUAUGUUGGCUGGCUAUCUUUCCUAGGUGAAGAGCAAAUAUCUUUUUCCCUCUUUUUGUAAUUCAUCUUUCAGUAAGACUGAUAGCUAUAAAUGUAGUGUUGUCAUAGAUAUGGUCUGAAAAUGAUUCUAAACUUGUGUAUACUGGAGCAUAUGUGACUUUGAGUUUCCUUUUUAUUUGUAUCCAUUUUAAAUUUACCUUUCUCAAAACUUUUGCUUGUAAUGGAAUUUGCAUAAUACAAAUAUGGGGACUGCUUUAAGUAAAGCAUUUUUCCCCAUGAUUAAAUAAACAUAUACCAAACAGGUGCAUGUCUACACUUUAGACUGCUUUAAUGGGAUACAUGGGCAAAUUCCAUUAUAGGUCUUGAAGUUUAUGGAAGCACAGUGACAUGGUUAUACUUACUUUGGGUCUGGCCUAAAAAGAAAGGGAUAUGUCCUAGAUUUUUCCCGUUUCUUGAUGACAAAGAAGUUUCUCUGUGUAGUGUAUUAAAAUGCCUUAUUGAAGUGCUCUCAGGAAUGUUUUAAGAAUUAAAUCAAUACCUUAUUGUUAGCAUAAAAAUGGAGUUGUGGAACUGAAUCUUAAACAUUUUGUAAACAGUAACCUUAAAGUGGUUGGGAGCAGGCAUUGGUAUUAUAGAAGAGGCAGUGAAAGAUUGAAAAGUGAGCAAAGUCACGUGUUACUAGAAAUAUAUUUAGAUAAUGGUCGUCUUUUUAUUCUCUCUUUCAUAAAGGUGUUGCACAUCCUGUGCCUUAUUGCUGAUAAGCAUUUUUAUUCAUUUGCACCUGCUAAUUUGUGUAUGUUUUAUAGAAUUUCCCAAUGCUGAAAAGAUGAUGUUUUACUCUGCAAAAUACUUGUGAAUUUUAGGCAAAAUUCUGAUUUCUCAGAAUCAAGGAAGAUGCAUUCAACUUACCAAAAAGCACUAAACUCUGAUUCAGUUAGAAAAGAUAAUCAGUCAUAAAGGCUAUUGAUUCUUCUUCUCACUCCAUUGAAAUUAUUACAUUUUAUGUUUAAUGCAGAAAAUGUGCAAUAAUUUAUCCUGUCACUGGAGUGAAUCUUUACAAACACACUAUUGCUUGAUGAGCUUAUCAGGAUACUGUUGACUUUAGAAGUGGGGAGAAGGCAGUGAAAUUCAAAAGAGAAAGUUGAAUUAUCAGUGGGACUCCAAAGAGAAUAAAAAUCAUAAGGAAGUUAUAUAUGUAGUCCCCUCCCUUACUAUGAGUUUUGCUAUGUGUGGAGCACUGAGUUAAGAAAUGAAGACAAUAGUUAAAAUUACUAUAUAACCCACAGACAGAGGGCAACAUGCCCAAUUAUUUUCUUGCCCUUUCAGAAGCAAGUGGAGUCUUGUACAUUACAUAUUUUUUCUUUCUGUAAGAUACCUGGUAAUGACCUGUGUUUAACUUACCAGAAUUUUAAGAUUUUAUGACUUGAGAGCUGAUAGUGAAAACAUGUAUUUUUAAACAAGCUUAAAAAAAACACAACAAAACACUAGGAAAAAGAACACCCUUUACAUACUGUCUGAAAGCCAAGCAGUUCUUGCAGCAGAUGUUUGUUGUAUUCACUUUGGGGAGGUGUAGUUACCACAGUUUUCCAGAAUUUACUCAUAUCAACUAUUUUUCUCUAUAGAAAGCAUUCGAGAAAAAUUUAUAAUUUUGUCAAGAGGCCCACUUGAUACAUUAGGGAAAAUUCUGAUCUAAUUUAAGCGAUAAAGCUAUAAAAUGAGAGAAAUCUUAAGGGUAAAUAGGUUGGUUUCUCAUUUGUAUUGAAUUGUAAUUGUAUCUAAUUUGUUUUACAACUCCCAUAGGAGAGCAUACUUCAGUUCUGAAGUUAUUUAAUAGAUCAGGAGGAUUUUAUGAGAAGUUAAGUUGAUAUAGUAGCCAAUAAAUAUAAUCCUAUUUUCCUUCUACACAGUUGCUGAUUAUGAUUCUUUUACCUCCUGUUUUUUAAAAUCUUAUUUUCAUUUUAUUGGACAUUGUUGUGUCUUAUAAAAGGACACGUUUUGUUAACAUGAAACAGUCUUUAUUUUCUAGCAGCGUCAUCUGAUGUGAUGUUUGUCUAUAUCCUUAAUCCAAAAGUAUUUAACUUUUUCAGAAAUAGUAUAUCAAAAGUACAGUGUUAACUAUUUGUUGAAUAUUUUCUAUUAAAGUGAAUACUAACUGAGAAAUAGGAAGACUGUGAAACAGAGUUUUGAAGCAGAAUUAUAAGGUUGAAUGACUCUAUUGGUGCCAGGGCCCAUUAACACAGGAAAAUACAGCCUCUAAAUUAGGGUGUCAAUAUUAAAGUUAAAAUUUGUGAUCAGGCCAUUUCUCAAUUUUUAUGCAAUUUUAAUUCAGUUUGUUAUUGUGAUGUGCAUCGACCUUGGUGUUAUGUUUGAAAAACAAAAUAUGCAAGAAAAGUAUUUGCAAGUAUUUUUGUGAUGAUAUAAACAUUACUGGUUUUUUAGACCAUGUUUUAUUUUGGUUAUAAAUAUUCAGAUUUUUUUGAACAAUGCAUUCAUUACUCUGUGUCAUGAAUAGUUUGUUUAUUCAAUUUUCACUUUUUAGUAUUAGACAUCUUCUGGAAGAGGGUGCUAGUAUGUUUCUAUGGUAUUUAACUAUCACGUUUAAUUACAACUAUUUAUUUAUAGGUGAUUAGUUCUCCAUUGUGUACUUUUUUUUUCUCCUUUCUAUGAGGGAUCAGAGUUUUGAAAGACUGAAGUUCUUGGGCAAUCUGUGUCCCUAGAUAAUAAACUAUACUUUAAAUUAUUUUAUAUUUAUAUUGCUUGAUAACAGAUCAUUUCUUUUUUGGUAAUUUUAUGGAGUACUAUCUUCUCUGACUUCAUGUGACAAAUCUUUUAUUAAAAAAUGCAAAGCAGUGUUUAAAUCAUGUAAAAUACUUAGCUUAAUUUAAUACUACUUUCUGUAUAUGUAGAGAAAUAUGUUUGUAAAAUACUCAUUGGAAAGUGUCAUAUACUUUAAAUCUUAAGAGUUUUCCAAGUGCCUUGACCUGCCUCUUGGCAGCAUUUUAGAAUACUGAUUUGAUUUCACAUGGAACAGUGUACAUACCUAUGGUGUGAGCAGUUUGAAAAUUCCCCUAUGGGACAUAUACUUAUUCUAAAAUGAUAUGAGAGAUACAAACUGUUUUUUGCUCAUUCCUUACAGAUGUACUGCACGCUGUUAAAAUAAAAUCUUGAGGAAACAAUGAGAGGGUUUGGAAGUCAAUUUUCCACUGAAUGACUCAGCUAUCUCUUGAAAAUAUUUAUUUCAAGAGAAGUAAAUAUUUCUGAAUUAGCAAUCAUUUCAUUAGGUACAAAAAUGUCAUUAUUUUAAGUGAAUUUUGAAGAGUAACUUUUAAGCUGAAAGUACUAAAACAGCCAGAAUAUUUUAUUUAUUAUACAUUCAUUCAUUUUUUUCUAUAUGCAUUCUUUGAGAAAAUUAAUUUUGUAUACCUGAUUUUCUUGAUUCUAUGUCUAGCCACCUCGAUCUCACUAUUUUUUCCUUUGUAUACCUGUGUUUCUUGUAUCCACCAAGCAAUGUGAUUAAAAUGUGCCUUGUCCACCAAAAGCAAAAUUUCCAUGAAUAAAUACAUUAUGUAAGAAAGGUCCAUUUUAUCAAGCAAAUUAUUUAGGUGAGGGUAACAAAGUAAUACAUCUCAAAAUAUGACAAUGUAUAAUAAUAAAAGGAAUUUUUUUAUCUUCUCUUUUAAAACCCUCAUUCCUUUCCACUAUCUUCCUUUCUUCAGUCACAUACAUAUCUUCAUUUUAUGUAAAGUGAACAUUUUGAAGCCUCUUUCAAUUCUUACUCUUUUUUAUUCUCCACAACUAGACUUUUCACUGUCUCAUUCUCCCACUUCUUCCUCUGCAGUGCUUCUCAGAGUUUCCUAAUAGUUUACACCCCCGGAGCUCCUCAUUUCUCACUAUUUUUCAAUACAGAGCAGAAAAAGCAAACUUCCUAUCAAUUUUUCAUGAUACCCAUAUUUUAAAACCUUCUAAUAUUAAAAAUCUUUUAAUUCCUUCUGGAAUCGAAUGAAAUUCCAUGGAUCUUAUAUGUUAAUGUGCAUUGAAUUCCUUUUUCUUCACUCACUUAUGCUUAUCUACCACUCACUAUUUCUAAUUUACUAGGGAAACCCCUGAUAUGGUUUGGCUGUGCCCCUGUCUAAAUCUCGACUUGAAUUGUAUCUCCUAGAAUUCUCACGUGUUGUGGGAGGGACUCAGGAGGAGGUAAUUGAAUCAUGGGGGCCAGUCUUUCCUGUGCUAUUCUCGUGAUAGUAAGUCUCACGAAAUCUGAUGGAUUUGUUAGGGGGUUCCGCUUUUGCUCCUUCUUCAUUUUUCUCUUGCCACCACCAUGGACGAAGUGCCUUUCGCCUCCCACCGUGAUUCUGAGGCCUCUCCAGCCAUGUGGAACUGUAAGUCCAAUUAAACCUCUCUUUCUUCCCUGUCUUGAGUAUGUCUUUAUCAGCAGUGUAAAAAUUGAGUAAUACAACCCCCUCAAGAUUAUGUAUCACAUCAGGAAGUCUUCUUGAAUGCCCAUGCCUGAGUUGGGCUCUCUCAUCUGAUUUCCCUUGGCAACCUGGGCUAAUCCAAAUCGUAAUAUUGGAAUUUUGCCUAUAACUUUUCUGUCUACUCCUUAAGGUUGUAAGUUUGUUGAAGGGCAGGAAUUAUGGCUUGUUUAUGUCUCUAUGCUCAAUAAACAGUCAACCCUC